CCAAUAAAUUCCUCAAAUCAUAAAGCCCUACGUUUAUUCUUUUUGACGAAAUAGUUUCAGUCUCGAGUAUCAGGUUUCAGAAGUUUGACUUCACGCUGCUGUCACUGUAUUGUAGUGUUCACAGCGUUUGAAACGUCGCGUCUCAUCAUGAAAUGUGUUGAUCUCCAGAGCUCUGCAGGCUCGAGCGUGCAGACAGAUGAUGACUUCUAUGACAGAUCAACACAGAGAGGAUGAUGAUGAUGAUGAUGAAGGACCCGCAGAGCCUCAGCGAUCCUCACUGUUUGAGCUCAAAGCCAAAGGGAAGAAAAAAGCCGUGGUUCCCAUCAACAGAGUGAAGGCCUCGGCCGGAUACGCUCGCGGGCUCCAGUUUAAACAGCCGCUGGGCCCCAAACAGAACAGUCGGCUGGUGAUCUUUGAUGAGAAUAAAGCUUCUGAAACAGAGACGCAGGAGCCCAAAUUUGAGGUCUGGACAGCGCCACCUACUGCCCGAGCCAAAGAGAACGAACAGAAGCCUGAGAAAUGGACCGAUGUGAAGGUACGAGAGUUGAGCU